AUGGGUGUGACAGUGAUGGCACUGCCAGGCUGUGCAGCAGACAACCUGCUGCUUUGCAGUGCCGGCAAGGGUAGUUACAUCCAUCUGCCGGCUCCGGUCACUGUGAGCACCGGGCUUGCCGGCCGAUCGGGACGAGUGCCUUUGCCACUGCACGGUCUCGCGCUACGACUCGAAGGGCAGAGUUUUCCGUUCUCCCUGACCUUGGCCCCAACUGGAUCGAGGUUGGCAUUCUCCGGAUUGGGCCUUUGUGCUCUGAUGUACCACACUCCAUGGAACCCGCUUGAGUACAGCGAUGUACUUUGGGCCAGCGAGUCCCAGGAUAGUUUGAUGCUGGCCCCUUUGAUCAUGGCCGUGUCGGACCUGGCGACGGAUCCGCAGCUUCCCAUCGGACCGUUUGCGCCGGUGGCUCGUCAUGGCGAUGCUAUGCGCCAUUCCAUGGGGCUCGCCUUGCUGCAGGCUCUCCUUUUCCACGACGUGAAGAUGUGGCCAGUAUCUCUUGCCCCGCAGCUUCGCUCACGCCUUGAGUUCGCACUCCGGGCCUUGAAGGUGGUCCUCGGCCAGAAAGAGGAGGAGAAUCACAACCACUCUCCUAGGCUUCCUGGUGUCGACGAAAUCCGAGACGAAGCGCUCGCGCGAUGCCUGGAGGCGCUGCAGAAGGUGCCAGACGACGGUGAUGGAGGUGGAGGGACGCCAGUUCAGCGGAGUGUGCUCAGCGAAGCCUGCGGCGGCUUCGCAGACCGCAUCAAGCGCAUGGAGCUGUCGAUGCUCACGUGCCUCCCGUUGCAGUCGUCCCAGGCUUUUCGGCAGACGUUGGAGGAGCUGAUGCAGCUGUGGCCCCAAUUCGUCGAGGACACGGCGCCCGUGGGAACGCGAUGA